AAAUUUCUCUCUAGCCUUCGGAGGGUCUGUCUUCCCGUGGGUGUUGAUGCAGCUAGAUUCGCAUUCUCCCAGUCCGAUUGUACACGGAGUUUUACACAAGGCAGAGUACUUCCCAUCUGAGAUAUCUGCGAUUCCAUGCUCCACAUCGCACCAUUUUUUGUACGAACCAGUUUUUUGGAUUUCAGAUUCAACUGCAGAGCUUUUAGCUUGUCCACUCAGUUGGGUCACCAGUGCUAAUCAAACAGCUCUCUACGAUAAACUUGACAAAAGAUCGCAAGAAGUGUCAUGCCCAAGUUGUGACAUUGGGCCGGGAAGUUAAUUCUCUUCGGGUGAGCCGAUCCUUCGGAUCGAGGAGGGGGCUCCUGUAGACAUUUCGCUCGCGUGUGUGUGUGAGUGGAGUGGAGGAGAGAAUGGAAGGUGCAGGUGCGUCCAUAGUCAGUUACGCUACUGAGAAGCGGGGAAUGGACUCUGCAGACGAGGAACCGGAGCUUCCCUCCGACAUCCAGGACCUUGUACAGCGUCUGGAAGGACAAGGCGAGCCUAUAACGGAGCUUCCCAAUUUAAGCGAGCCAGAAUUUCGGAAGUUCUUUCCGCGGCGUGCAUCACUCUCGACAAUCAUAGGGUGGCGAAGCCAAGUGCGUCUUCGAGUGCUGGAGGCCAUGGGCAGCUGCAACACCCUUGAGAUUCUGAACGUGUCCAAUAUUUGUGGGGGAGAUACAUCGAUGUUGACGCCAAGCGAGUGGGAGGUAGUUCUCAGAGGUUUCAGGUCUAGCUCCGUUCUCGAAAAGAUAAUCGUUGAUCAUCUUUGGUUUAGGGAAUCAGAUGAUGCGGAAGUGGAGAGCUUGUGUUUCCAGCUGGGGAGAAUUCUGAAGUCCUCUAGCGUAACAGAGUUAGUUUUGUACAACAGAUUGAGUGCCAGAUGUUUCUCGAAUCUCGCCUCAGGACUGCGAGGACAUUCCGAUUCUAAACUCAAGUCUUUAGAUUUACGGGAAGCGUGGGAAGACUCGACUGCGGUGAAGUAUGUGGCUGACAUGAUCAGUAGUGCUCCUGUAUUAGAAACGUUGCGUUUAGGCGGCGACAUGGUAAUGGAGGACGAGACCGCUGGAAUCCUGGCCCACGCUUUGAUCCAGAGCUCGUCUCUGAAAGAAUUGAGGUUAGAAAGGGGGAAGUGGGGAGGGCCCUUAUUGCUAAAAGCAUUGGCAGGACACGAUCGCAACCGAUCCAUUGAACGUCUUGUGCUGAGGGAGAUGGUUGGACUCGGAGACUGUUUAACGGAACUUCUUAUUUCCAACCGAUCAUUGAAGGAAGUAAAGUUCUACACAUUCGGGAUGCGUCCUGAGGAAUUGCACAAGCUCGGGGAAGCCAUACGUGACAAUGCCAUAGUGACAACUAUAUUUGUUUUGUUUGACUUCAGAUAUGGUGACUGGAAGUCAAUAGAAGCUCUUGCUCGUUCUGCUAGCUCGGAUGUCAAGGACCCCAUAGUGGAGCUUGAACUAGAAACUUCGGAAUACCAUGAAGUGAUGUUAUCAUUGAACCUAUUAGGUAGGGUACUGCGCGGGGAAAUCACAUCUCUGAAAUCUCUGAGUAUAUGUCAGUCGACGGGAUUUCUGAAAUCUCUGAGUAUAUCAACGGGACGUAUUGGCACUUCAGGUACCAACCAAGAUAGACCGGAAAGUAUCCUCUCGAUGAAUGGAAAAACUGGAGAAACUUCCGUCCUGAAGAGACUCGGAUUAACAUCUCAAAGCGAAGAUGUUUGGAAGGGAGUAUGGAAGGACCUGCUUUUGUGCCUGCGAGGGAACACAAGUCUCACUCACUUGGAUUUGUGUGAGAACAGGCUCGACGAAGAGACGUUCAGGGACAUGAUGGGGUUACUCCAAGUAAACUUGAGUCUCCAAAAAAUAAAUGUUUCACGAACCUCAUGGGCAAGGGACGGAAAGGCUGCGCUGAUUCAAGAGGCCCUCAAGCAGAACAAAAAGCGGGCCGCCUACAUGUCCGUAUUCAGAGAAGCCGGAUUAGCAUUUGGAGAUGCAAAAGCUGGUCGACUCUUUCUAUGCGGCUCUCCUCUAGCAGGCAAGACUCAACUACGUCAAACAUUGAUACAGGGCAAAAGUUGGCUCAAAAAGCAAUGGGACAAACUCAAGUGGAGGACUGAAGGAAUUGAAGUGGACUUCUUGCAAAACAAUGAAGAAAGACAGAUCUCAAUUUGGGAUCUUGCAGGACAAGAUAUUUUCCGUACCCUUCAAAGUGUGCUCUUUCCUCGAACUAGCAAUUUUUGUCUUUUUUUAUUUGUUUAUAGCCCCUUCUGUCAUAAGAAAGAAGAAUACAAAGAAGAAUCUUGUCUUGAAGUAGAGUUGGAGGAAUGGUUGAGUUUCAUCACAUCCUGCAGUAGUAUUACAGGACAUAAUCUUCCACAAGUUCUUGUUGUGAUUUCACACAAGGAUAAAGCCAGAUACAAAUCUUUGACUUGGGCUCAAGACAUAGUGAAAAAACUAACGGAAAGAUUUGCAAGAUUUGUGGAUCUUCACCCUAUUGAAGAGUUUUUUCAUGUGGACUCUCGGAAGAAGAAGCAAGUUAGACCUCUCAAAAACCACAUUUUUGGCAUCUUUGAUAAGUUGUUGAGUGAAAAAUCUCCACGGGUUCCCCAAUUGUGUUCCCAACUCUCGUACCUCUUGGUUAAAAACAGCAAGAAGAACAGAAGAUGCCCUCUUUUGCAAUCCGAGAAGUUUUAUGAAUUUUGUUCCGACAUGUUGACAAAAUUCAUUCCAACCACUUCUGUUCAUGCCUUUGAUCAUUCAGAGAUGAUGAAAUCAAUCACAUCCUAUAUGAAUGACGUUGGAUCCAUAGUUUCUAUCCCCAACUUUGAUUACAUCAUUGUUGAUCCAAAUUGGCUCACCAAUAAAUUAUUGGGUGAGCUGGUAGCUUUGGGUCAAAACUUUCUCAAAAAGACGUCAAGUGGUUUAUAUCCAAGCAAAGACGGAUUUGUGAGUGAGAAUGUCUUUGCCAAGUUGAUAGAAGAGUUUCUGCGAAAGCAAUCGGAUGGACAGAUAGGUGUGGACAGAGUCGUGAUUGAGAACAUCCUUACCAAUUUAGAUUUGUGUUUCAAGGUGGAAGAUACUUCUCAGUAUUUCAUUCCCUCCUUCGUACCUGAGCAUGCAAGCACUGAUGGGCAGAAUUCUCAAGAAUUGGUGGACGUGAAGUCGGAGGAUUGGAAACGUAGGGUUGGGGCUUCAAAGUUUGUUGGCAUCCGGAUUCAAUGCCAAGAUGGAAGAACAAUGUCACUAACCUCUGCUUUUUUUCCAUGCUUCGAGAUGUUCAUGAGACGCAAAUUGAUAUCGGAGAUGCAUGUUUCCAAGGAGACUGUGACCUGCUCUCGACAGUAUAUGCGACUCUACCUUGAUGGACACGAGAUAUAUCUGGAGCAAGAAACAUCCCACAAUUACGUGGAUGUUUUGAUGUUAUGCUCGGAUCAUAAAUCAAGGGAGGUGGCUAUUAAAUACGUGAUGAAGCAUAUCGUCCAAGAGUUUAUAUCAUUUUGUGCAUCAUCAAAAGGCUGUCCCGGGGUGGCGUUAGUGCUGGGUCUGAUCCAAACACGUUGCGUGGAGAUGCUGAUUCCGAUUCAUCUCAGAGGAGCCAUUAUGAUUGAGGAGCUCAAAUCCAAUUUCAUUCGUGACAUCAAUGACAAACUUGAAGACAUUCAGUCGGAUAGGUUUCACUUGGUGAAGGAGGAAGAAUUGUUCAGCUAUGAGCACCCUUGGCCCUUGAUUAAUGGGCACACAGAGGUUAUACAAGAAAGAGCAAGGGAGUUGCUGUGGGAGAGCGAUGUGGAGGCGGUUGUGAAUGAGAUCCGACAGGAGCGAAUGCAACAACUGGACUCAUUGCAGCGAGGUUUAAUCGAAGUGAACAAUGAUCUGAUUCAUUCUUACCCUGAAAAUGAGAACAGGGUUACGAGUUCGAAUUUUCUGGAUAUGAAAGACUCCAAUCAACCUUCAUCCAGAUGCUUAAGUCGGACGAGCACAAAUGUGAAAGAUCCUGCAACCCGAGUUCUUUUAGAAAGGAUGGAUCAGGUAGAAAAAAAUCUAGCACAAAAAGUUGAUGGUGUGGAUGAGAAGUUGAGAUCUGUGCAGAGCCAUCUGCAUAGAUUGGAGAUGAAGAUGGUAUAUAUACUCUCUCUGCAACAAGAAUUGCAGUCAACGCUGAGUGAUUUCAUGUCUAAACUAGACAGUAUUAUUAGAUAUACUCAAGAUUUUCAGCAGACCAGAACCCCCAAGCGACCUUACGUUACAGAUGAUGUUAACAUUUUUUAUAGGAUGAGUGCACUUAUGCAUGCUGGAACAACCGUUAGAUUACGCUUGAUGUGUGAGUCGGCGACUGGGUUUCACAUGGUCAAAGAUCAAGAAGGUUUGAAGAUACGCGUGGAUCUGGAUAAUCGUAAGUGGAUUAGAAAAAUCAUUGAAAUUUCAUACAAAGUCUUGUAUUAUGCUGCAAAGGCUGGAGUAGGUAUGAACUUUGGGUUGGGCCAAGCGAUUCCGGACUGGGCAGAUUUAAAAUCUGAUAUUGUUAAACUAGUUGGCAUUAGUGAUGGUGAUCGUAGGGCAGUUGUAAAAGCUGGGGAAAGCGAGGAGCUGAAACAAGCAUGGUUGAGGAUUCAGAAAACUCUUGGGGAUAUUAACUAUGCAAAAAUCUUCAAGCUGUAUCAGGUGAAAUACGAGGGAGUAGAAUCAGGUGGGCAUGCAUGGGUGUGCGAGGAGUGCAUGAAGAACGGUUUUAGAACUGGGAUUUUGUCGAGAAAUUGAAGAGUUUAGAAUGUCAUGAUGCAAAUGACAAGCAUAUGUUUAGAAACUCAUGCAAUAUGAAAUUUUUUUAAGAAUGA